AUGACUGAUGUUUCUCAUGAGCUCUGGUUAUUUGGUCCUGAGCUAUGGUUGUUGGUUGGUUCACCCUGGAGUGGCUAUCCAGCUAACAGAACUGGAGACAUCUAUGCAUGUCCUGUUGGUACAUCCAAAAACACAUGCAAGAAAUUGAACUUACAAGCUUUAAUAAAAAUUCCAAAUGUGACUGAGAUAAAGGAGGACAUGAACCUUGGCUUGACUCUGAUACAGAACUCAAAAACAGGAGGAUUUUUGACUUGUGGACCCUUGUGGGCACAGCAGUGUGGAAGCCAAUACUAUGCAACAGGAGUCUGUUCUGAGAUCAGUCCAAGUUUCCAGAUCCUAAGAAGCUUUUCUCCUGCUGUUCAAAAGUGUUCCUCUGUCAUAGAUGUUGUGGUGGUUUGUGAUGAAUCAAACAGCAUUUAUCCCUGGGAUGCAGUGCGGGCAUUUUUGAAAAAAUUUGUACAAGGCUUGGACAUAGGCCUUAACAAAACCCAGGUGGGUUUAAUUCAGUAUGCUAAUGAUCCCCGUGUAGUGUUCAACUUGAAUACAUACCAAACAAAGGAUGACGUUGUUAAAGCAAUGGAGGGAACGUAUCAGAAGGGAGGAGAUCUGACUAAUACUUUCAAAGCCAUUGACAAUGCAAGACAGUACGCCUUCUCACCUGAAUCGGGAGGACGUCCAAUGGCCACAAAAGUAAUGGUUGUUGUGACGGAUGGUGAAUCACACGAUGGCUCCAACUUGAAAACAGUGAUAGGUAAAUGCAAUGAAGACAAUAUAACCAGAUUUGGCAUUGCUGUUUUGGGAUACUUAAUCAGGCAUGAACUUGAUACUAAAAACUUAAUUAAAGAAAUCAAAGGAAUUGCUAGCCAUCCAACAGAAAAGUAUUUCUUUAAUGUGUCAUCUGAGGCUGCACUACUGGAAGAAGCAGGAACACUUGGAGAGCGCAUUUUUAGUAUAGAAGGUACAGAUCAAGGUGAUACAUUCCAAAUGGAAAUGUCACAGGUGGGCUUCAGUGCAUAUUAUUCACAAAAAAAGGAUGUUCUGCUGCUGGGUGCUGUUGGAGCUUAUGACUGGAGUGGAACAGUUGUUCAGGAGUCUUCAGACAGAGUCACCACCUUUCCAAGCCAUGUGUUUGAGAAAAUUCUACAGGACAGAAAUCAUAGCUCUUAUCUAGGUUAUUCUGUUGCUGUUCUCUCAACUCAGAGCUCCAUCUAUUUUGUUGCUGGUGCACCAAGAUCCAACUACACUGGCAGAGUAGUGGUUUAUGAUGUUGACAGCGAUGGUAAUAUUGCAAUUGUGCAGUCCCAAAGAGGCGAGCAG